AGCGCAGUUCCUGGUUUUUUGCAUUCUUUAGCUUUCAGUCGGUCGGACGCUUUUCUCCGGGAAACCGGCCACCACCUGGUGUGUGCUGCCCUGUGUUGGGAGACCACUUCUUGUGCCAGAGGUUCGCCCCAGACAACCCAGUGUCCUGUGCCUGUCGUCAGUUUCCGGUGCGUGUUUGUGACUCUGGUCGCAGUGAACAGGAAGACAGACGCAAAGAAAACGUCUGAGCUGAGAGAGGAAACUGCUGCGGCUUCUACAUCUGCCUCAGAAUGACAGAGUUCUGGGUUUGUUUCAGCUGCUGCAUUGCAGAGCAGCCACAACCAAAACGGCGGCGACGGAUCGAUCGCUCCAUGAUCGGGGAGCCAACAAACUUUGUUCACACCACACAUGUAGGCUCAGGGGACAUGGGCCUGGGAUUGGCAUCGGUGGACCUUGUUCAGGCCCAGAUGAAAUCGAAAGGGGGCUACGCGCAUGGAGGUUCUGAAGGUUCUCAGUUGUAACGAGCUCUUCAGUCUUGUGGAAACUACUGUUGUCAAUAUGAGGAAGAAUUUUCAAAAAAAACAAAAGCAGUUCUGUCUGUAAUAGACACAGGACCAAAAGAUGAAACUACUGCUUUUCCAUAAUGUUGUAUAUAUUUUUAUUUUCCAUUCUUUCUUUUUUUUUUUAAUGAAAGCACUGCUAUCCAUUUGCUGCCAUACUGUUGCACUGUAAAGAGUAACUGUUCAGAGUAGAUAAGAGGGUAUAGGAAGCUCAUAAUCUCAGUCAGACGUAUGCUUGUGUGUAUGCAUGAGGAAAAUAUUUUCAAAAUAUUUGCUGUUGUAGCCCAUUUGGAUGCCUGUAUUUAUUAUCUGAUUUGUAAACGGACCUCAUGGUGGCUGGGCCACACUGGAGAUUUGGAACUUUCAGUUUCCUUCUUUAUUCUCAGAGGUUUUAUCAAAGGACAGGUAGCGGUAGCAAGGCAAAAAUGUUCGUUGUUUUAUUCUGAGAAAUACUCACGAUUCUCUGAGUUGCUUUCAGGGUUGAAGAUUGCUGUUUGUAAUAAACUUGAAAUGAGUAGAGUACACUGGACCACACAUUGUACACUCACACUUGCUUAGGAAUUUCGCAUUGAUUUCAACUGUUUUUUUUUUUUUUUUAUACUCAUUUAAGUUGAACCAUAUAGAAUUUUAAUAAACAAUGAACUUCCUGAUCUGCCUUCUGAAGUCAUGUUUGUUGCUUUUUUGUUGUUGUUUUUUUAAUUUACUAGAGCGAUUUGCUUGACGCUGCAAGUACUAGUUUAGUGGUUUUUAGAAGAUUCAUAUUUUUACAUUUUGUCUUUUCAAAGCUUGUGUAUCAACAGUAGGCCAAGAAUUCAACUUGUGUCCAAAUCAUCAAUGCAAACAGUGCCACGAAGGUGGGUUAGGUUCAGUAGAUUUGCCAGAAUUCAUUCCCCUCCUCUACAUCCAUCAUAUCCUUUCUGGAUGCAGCUCUUUCCUAUUCCCCCGGCACACAUUGUUACACACUGUAUUUUCAACUAUUGUUUGAUUAACCCACCAUUUGCGCGGAGAUGAUUUUGUCCUCCUGCAGGUCCGAGCAGUUCUUUGUAAACUCAGCUGCCAUGACGGAUGCUGUUAAAUUCAUUUGGCCCACCUUUGUAGCAGUGUUUGUGAUUACGUUUAAAAUGAUGGUUUCAUGUGAUGUUCACAUUAUUUUGUCCAAAUCACCAAAAAAAAGUACUUCUGUGGACAUUAAGUUAUUUCCAGUUUGGCAGUUUUUCCUGUUUGUGCAAAUGCUUUACCCUUUUUUUCUUCAAGCACAUGUGAUUUUUUUUCUCUCUUAGGGAGGAAAAGUAAAUAGAUGCAGCUCUUAUUGCCUGAUUAUGCUGUUUGUCAGAUAGUGAUCAGACUAGAACUAAUGCCCUUUUAGUGUCAUGGACCUUUUCAUCUUCCAGUUGUGUCACCAAAUUCUAAAUCAGGAUCCAAUGAAAAUAUGAAUCGGAGAGGUCAGAGGUGGUUGAGCAAAACCAGCAGGCCUGGAUCCUCUUAACACACGUGAUUGUCCCUCAUGUACGUCCUAUGAUUGACUAUUUCAACAACCAAAUGUGUUGAAUGUAUUAAUUCCAGCAUGUAGAUCGGUGUUAAACGAGUGCUAUUGUCAAAGUAUACUAUGGUGCAAAGUGAAUGAAAUUUUUGGGUGUUGGUACCAGGAAUCAUAAAAUACUCCUAUUGAUAAAAUCACAUUUGUAAUGUCAUUUACAGCCUUAACCCUCCUGGUAAACCCCCCUUAUCCUAUCAUUUCCUUUUUUGAUUCGUCAGGUUAAAAUACUGUCCCAUUGCUCUGUUCCUGUUUAAAUGUCUCUGUAGUAAUUCCUGUGUGAAGACAGAUCCACAUAUAUGUAGACUAGAUUGUUUUUUUUCUUUUCCUUCCCCGACUCGGGGCUAAAUGCUGUAGUACAUGCAGUCAUACUGGGAUUGCAGUAUAUUAUGUGACCAGCAGGCUGUGCAAGUGGACUGGUUGAAUGUGACUUUAACAAAAUCGUUUCAUUUUGGGAUUCCUGUCAUAGCACAUAUUUUAUGAUGAUACUGUAAAUUUGUAAUGUGUAAAAGUGAUGGAUCCAUGGUUUAUUCAGAGUCAUACAUAUUUUUGGGUACUUUUCUGUCUGAUAAUACAGGGAAAGUAGAGUUGGCACAGUGUUUUGUUUUUUUUUUUUUCCUCAGGAUCUGCCUAAUAUGUAGUUCCCGCUUUAAAGGGAAGUUCAUCUGUCUUUUUCUGCAUUUUUCAGAAUAAACAAAUAAAUGUUAUCUGUUGAUGUUUGACCAA